UUUUUAUUUUUUUACAAAAAAAAAUAAAUACAAAGGCACUUAGUUUAAAAUAGAAUCACGUGCCAAAACUACGUAUUAAAGUAUUAAAUCACUGCGUAACUAAUAUCGGCAUUUUAAUCAUUGUAUCCCAUAAAAGAAACGUUGAUUGUAUUGUACGUUUAUGUAGUUCAAAAUCGGAAGUGGCAAAUUUUUUUGAAAUAAUCUUACUAAUAUUUAUGAUUUUUACCGGCUUAGAAAUUUACGCGCUUUAUAAUAUGAAACUAAAUGAGUUUCAAAUGAUCAUUUAGGUGUGAUUAAAGAAUACGCCAAGUGGAUAUUUAUCCCUAUAUAAAUUACUGUUUAAAUCUUGGUUUAUAACUUUUCUGAUAUCUUUCAUUAGAUUUAUUUAGACAUAAGUACAUUCUAUUUACGCCUAAUUAAAAAGAAAACCUUGCUUCUAAAAAUAAAACUCUUUAUUUCAUUGCCAUAGACAAAUACGGAAAUGAUCGGCUGUAACACGAGGAUUUUGUCAAUAAUACAGUACUUUUUACUGUGUACGCAUAAAAAAAAUUAUAUUUAUAUUAUAUUUAUGCCCCUAAUAAAAGAAAAAAAUGUUAUUUUUAAAUUUUUAAUUUUUCUACGUAGAAACUUUUUAAGAUAAGAGUAAAAGUAGUAGUACAUCAUUUAUCCUUAAUUUGACAUUAUUAUAACUAUUUAUAUAAUUAUCUUUGUUGAUCACAAUUCUC